GUUGAUGGUCGGGGCCGCCUGCCAGCCUUCGGCGAAAAUAAAGCUUUCUACUUGGUGUUUACACUGGAUGAGAAAUGGGAUUAUGGUUACAUUCCAUCCCAGAGUCAGUCUGUUCGAAGACAAGUCCUUCUACGGUCCAGUGCCUCUGGAGGAAACCAUCUCCCAUGGUUCCUUUGUAAUCACGCACCCACGGAAGACAAAAAUGAACUGCUGGAGGUUCUGCUUCUUGCUUACAUGCAACGGAUGGCACUCGACAUGGCUGAGCGCGAGCCUGAAUCCUAUAACUUCCAUAGCAACCUUCCGAAGGAACUGGAGAAAUGCGAACUCGACUAUCACGAAAUGGGUUGCCUUGAGGACAAAGUGAACUGUGACAAUGCCUGGAUAAAUGUAACUGCAAUUCACAUACAAGUGCCAGGCUCCUACCGAUUUUGGGAGCUGCUGCCACAGCUGUUUGCUGUCAAGGAUGUCGAGGCAAAGUGGGAGAUUCUGUCUUCUCUGCCACCAGUACGUGAGAGUCAUCUCCAGGCUAUAGCAGUUUUUAAUGAAAAGCUCAUCCGCGCAUAG